AAAAGAAUAACACCAAAAACAAAUACUAUUGUGUAUCUACCUAACCUUCCAUCUUCUUUGGUUUGACAAGUGAUGGCCCAACUAUACUCUCCAUAAUCAAGAUCUCACCAAACCCCUAUGCAUUUUUUCCUCUUUAUUUAUUAACCCAACAACCCGUCCUGCCAUUUCACUCACCUCACUACAAAUUUACAGACAAUAAUCAACACACUCCCUCUCUUUCCCUCGCUCUUCAAGCCUUUCUAUAUAGGAUCUUGAAGAACCAACAAUCAAACUCUGAUUAAUCUUUCUGUUUUCUUACAAAAAGAAUUUGUCUAUAAAUGGGUAAGGUUUACAAUUUAGCUGAGGUCUCCCAGCACAACAAUCCCAAGGAUUGUUGGCUCAUUAUUAGUGGCAAGGUGUAUGAUGUGACAAAAUUCUUGGACGAUCACCCAGGUGGUGAUGAUGUUUUGUUGUCCGCAACAGGAAAGGAUGCAACCGAUGAUUUUGAGGAUGUCGGACACAGCAGUAGUGCUCGAGCAAUGUUGGACGAGUAUUAUGUUGGAGAAAUUGAUUCUUCAACCAUCCCAACAAGUGUCAAGUACACUCCUCCAAAGCAACCUCAUUACAACCAGGACAAAACAACAGAGUUCAUCAUCAAGAUUCUCCAGUUCUUGGUUCCUUUGAUUAUUUUGGGCGUUGCUGUUGGCCUCCGCUUCUACACCAAACAGUCAGCUUGAAGAUUGAUUUAUAGUGAUCUCAUAAUAAGAGUCAAAAUCAGCGAGAUGUUAGAAGAGAGAAAAAACAGAAAAGAAAGAGUUUUUUCUUUGUUAGCUUGGCAAACCUUUGUUUAAAUUCUGGGAACAGUUAUGAUAUGUUGAUUUCUGUGA